CCGGCGGUGCCCGCGCAGGGGCCGCCCGAGCGGGCCGCGGCGCCGUGACCCUCCUCCCCGCCCCCUCGCCCGGCUCGCCCGGCUAUAAAGGAGGGUUUUAUUCUCGGGCUCCGGUCUCACGCCAAACCCUGUCACACCGUCUAGACAAGCUGUCGUGGGGCUCGGCCCAGCUGUCACCAUGGCGAUGGAGACGAGUCCGCUGUGAAUUUUGGGGGGGAGCGAGCGAGAGCGGCGGCGGAGGAGGAGGAGGAGGAGGAGGCGGAGGAGGAAGGCUCGGCCGCCGCCGCCGCCGUGCCCUGCCCUGCCCCGCCGCCGCCCGCGGGGGAGGCACGGACCCCCCGGCGCUCUCGGCCGCGGCUGGAGCCGGCCCGGCGGGGAGCCCCGGGGAGCCAGCGGCCGCGGGCGCGGAGCGAGCCUCAGAUGCGUCUGUCACACAACCCCGGCCGAGCUAUUUAAAGUAACGGGCCUCGCCGGACUUUUGUCUCUGCCUAUUUAUGAGUCCCCGGGAGCUGGCAGGCGCCGCCGGGCAGCGCUAGGAGCCGAGCCCGCAGCGCCAGCCCCGCGGGGAAGCCAGCGCCGAGCCGGGGCCGGCGGGGGCCCGCCCGGAGCAUGACGGCGAUCCGGGCGCUCCUGCUCUGCUCCUGCCUGGGGCUGCUGCGACCGGGGGGCGGGCAGCCCUUCCUGCGGCUGCGACCCUCGCCCAGCGACAACCUGCCCGUCAAAGACAUCGUGGAGCACCCGGAUCCCGAGUACGACCCCAAGGAGCAGGACCUGGACGAGAGGACUCUGAGGAAGAAGCUGGGCAGCCAUUUCGACCCCGGUUUCAUGGCCGUGGCCGUGCCGGGGCCGGCCAACGCCUCGGGCGCCGAGGCGGCGGCGGGGCGGGGGCGGGCGGCGCUGCCGGCCGAGCUGCGGCGGCUGGAGCUGGGUCCGCCCCAGGGACCGCGCCUCAAGGUGGGCAAGAAGGCGCGGCGGAAGGUGCUGCAGUGGCUCUGGGCGUACACCUACUGCCCCGUCCUCUACACCUGGAAGGACCUGGGCGUCCGCUUCUGGCCCCGCUACAUUAAGGAGGGCAACUGCUUCGCCGAGAAGUCCUGCUCGCUGCCCGAGGGCAUGUUCUGCAAGCCCGUCAAGUCGGUCACCAAGACCUUCCUGCGCUGGCACUGCCAGGGCUGGUCCAGCCAGAAGUACUGCACCUGGAUCCCCGUGCAGUACCCGCUCAUCUCCGAGUGCAAGUGCUCCUGCUAGCCUCCCUCGGCCCCUUGCACUGCCGCCUUCUGUCGUUUGGAUGAUUUUUUUUUUUUUUUUUUUUUUUUGGGGGGGGGGGGGGGG